AUGAUCCAGAACCUGCAGCGGAUUAUCGGCCACUAUCACCAUGGCGGUGAUAAAUGGCAGAAUACAGACCGCCUAGAGCUGACCACUCGUCGGGGAGAUCCUCGGCGCAUCUCCACGCCUCAGCCUUAUCUGUACUGUAUCCUUACUCCUUCCCUCUCUCUUUUUUCGAUUUUCGUUGUCAGCCAAGAGCAUAUACUAGUAAACAUGUCCGCUCAGAACUCCGCAGGCAUUCAAACCCUCCUCGAUGCUGAGAGAGAGGCACAGAAGAUUGUUCAACAAGACCGUACGAAGCGCAUAAGGGACGCGAAGUCGGAGGCACAGAAGGAAAUCGAGGAAUACAGAAACCAGAAAGAGCAAGAGUUCAAGAAAUUCGAGGCUGAGCACUCGAGCGGAUACAAGAAAGCCGAAGAGGAUGCAAACAAGGAGGCAGAAUUGAAGCUGCAGGAAAUCAAGGAAGCUGGAAACAGCAAGGGCGCUAAGAAGAUGAGAUACGCCGUCGUUACUCUGCGCGCAAACAAUAGGUUUGUCAGCCUGAAGAGCGUCUGUCGGUACCCUCGGCUCAAUCAUCGAAUUCCGCGCGAGUUCCAUUCGUUAACUUGUAGGUCUCAUCUCCAUGAGGCCACGGGGUCUGACCCACGACUGGAAGGGCUGGGGAAAGUCAUUGAGGAUGAAUAUGCGGCAAUUCGGAAAGAUUAUGACACCCCAAAGCACGCCAUUGUCCUGGCGCAUGGGCUUCUUGGGUUCGAUGAAUUACGCCUCGCCGGUCCUUACUUUCCUAGUGUGCAAUACUGGCGCGGUAUUAAAGAGGCGCUUUUAGUGAAAGGAAUUGAGGUCAUCACCGCUACAGUACCUCCUUCGGGGUCCAUCGAAGCACGUGCUGAGGAACUAGCAAAGGAUAUUGCUGCUGGUGCUCAAGGGAAGGCUGUUAAUAUUAUUGCUGGGCUUGAUUCCCGGUAUAUGAUCAGCCAUCUGCGACCGAAGAACUUUAAAGUUCUAUCUCUGACGACCAUUGCAACUCCUCACAGAGGCUCGUCAGUUGCGGACUACCUUCUAAAGCAGAUCGGUGAUGAGCGUCUUGCUCAAGUAUAUUAUGCUCUCGAACAAAUAAAGUUUGAGACAGGUGCUUUCGCUCAGUUGACACGAAAUUACAUGGAAAAGACGUUCAAUCCUACCACUCCUGAUGUUGAAGACGUCCGAUACUUUUCUUAUGGGGCAUCAAUGCAGCCAAGCUUUUGGUCUGUAUUCCGCCUAUCCCAUAGGUACCUUGAACAGGUCGAAGGCCAUAAUGACGGGCUAGUGAGCGUUGCCAGUAGCAGGUGGGGAGGGGAAGACGGCUAUAAGGGCACCCUCAUGGGGGUGAACCACUUGGACCUGAUAAAUUGGACUAACAGAUUAAAGUGGCUAGCUGGUGAGGUCACGGGGAACAGGAGAAGGUUCAAUGCACUCGCGUUCUACCUUGCCAUUGCAGACAUGCUUGCGAAGGAGGGUCUAUAA